CAAGCCCUCGCGCAGGGGGCAGCAGGGCCUUUCAGGCUACGCCAUGGAGAGCGCCGACUCAGCGCAGCCGCAGCGGGAUGAGUAUGGAGACCUGUUUGAAGACUACGGCUUUUUGAAACGGGCAGAGGAAAACAAAGCAGUCGGAAAUGACGCCUUCAAGAAGGAGAGGUUCGAGAAGGCCAUCGAAGCGUAUGAUGACGCCUUGGAGCAGCUGCUGACGGUGGCCUACGACAAGUCGAUUCUCAUCGGCAAGAAAAAGUGGAACGAUGUGGUCGUUCUUCGGAGCACGCUGCACCUGAAUAAGAGCACGUGUUUCUACAAGUUGAAGGAUUGGCAGAAGUCUUUGGAUGCAGCUCUGGAGUGCCUGGUGGGCAAUCAUCGUGAUGAAAUGCUCUUCACCGAUCCCCACAUUCGCCAGAAGGUCAAAGAGUCUGAGCGGAAGCACGGCCAUUCGGGCGUGACUUACGUGGAGUUCCGCCUGCCGCGCCUCACUCGCGCAAAAGCAUGGUUUCGAGCCUCGCAGUGUUACGGGCACCUGGACUUCUUGGACAAGGCGAAGGACGCCUUGGCCAAGGCCUUGGAGGCCUGCGAUGACCAAGCGCUGAUCUGCGAGAUUUCGCAGCACUCCCUGCGCUUAGACACGCUCGAGAGACUGCAGAAUGACAAGCAGAAGAAGAAGUUCGCCGGCUUUUGGGACAAGUUUCAGGAUCGAGGAGGCUACACGAAAGGCAAGGAGAACAUUUCUGAAGACAAGGACUGGGACAAGCUCAAGUACUGGGAGCGGUUCAAACAUGUUGAGGAGUACACGGAGCAAUACAUGUAUGUGGAUGCAGAGCAAAAGCAGGAGGACCGAAAGAAGGGCCACACCGCAGACCUGCUCCACCACCUGCCCCCUGGGGCCAAAUGGGACUCCGCGGUGAAGGGCUUGACGAAGAAAAUGUACCGCAACAUCGACCGAAGCUUCGAGCAGUACCUGGAGAAGAAGAAGUCGGGUCAGGCAGAGGUCGACACUGAAGAUAUGGAGAGCAAGUCCCCACGUAUCGAAGUGCCUCCUGCACCCAGAGACUUCGUGCCCCCGAGACCAAGUCGCAAGGAGGAAACCCCCUUGGCCUACUCGCCCCGGGGUGCACGGCCAGGGGCGAGAUCGAAGGCAGCCAGGUCUCCGUCCCCUGUGCCAGACGCCAGGGCUGAGUACAUGAGGCACUACAACAGUUAUGCGACACAAGAGAAGGUGUGGGCAGACAGGGCCACGGCAGAGGUCCUGGACUCAGAGGAGGAGCAGGAGCUGCAAGAGGCACGAGACAGGAUGGCCAUGCAGCGCUGGGAGCGCCUCAAUCGGGAGAAGAAAGAGUGGCUGGAGGCGCUAGAUGACGAUGACUAGUCGCUGAGCCCAACCUGCAGCCACCAAGGGCUGCGC